AAGCCCAAGACGUCCAAGAAGAAGCAGGCGAAGUUCGUCAUCGACUGCUGGCAGCCGGUCGAGGACUCGGUCCUCGACGUCGCCACGUUCGAGAAGUUCCUCCGGGACUCGAUCAAGGUCGGCGGCAAGGCCGGCAACCUCGGCGACUCGGUCACGCUCUCCGUGGACAAGACGAAGGUCGUCGUCGCCGCCGAGCUCCCCUUUGCCAAACGCUACCUCAAGUACUUGACGAAGAAGUACCUCAAGAAGCAGCAGCUCCGCGACUACUUGCACGUCAUCGCGACGAACAAAACCACCUACGAGAUGCGGUACUUCUCCAUCAACUCCGAGGGCGACGACGAG